AUGCGCUUCGCUUCAGUCAUUGCUGUGGCUGCUAUGGCCUCGGCUGCAGUCAUCACCCGACAGGCUGCUCCUGCCACGACUGCCAAGGUCCUGAUCGGUGCUCCUGGCACGAUCGCAAUCGCCGACUACGACGGCAAGGAGUUCAAAGUUGUUGCCAACGACUCCCAGCCUGGUACUGGCCCCAGCUGGAUGGCAUUCAAAGAGCCAAACCUCAUCUACGCUGUCGAUGAGAACUCCAACAGCACUCGCCUGUUCAACUUCGACACGGCUACAAACGAGCUCAAACUCGUCCAGGCUGCUAAUGGAUCGGCUGGUGUUGUCUCCCUCGAGUUCAACGCCGACAAGACCCGUCUCGUGGGCACCUCCUAUGGCCAGGGCACUGUAGACGUCUGGGAUAUCUCUGAGGCGAGCUCUCUCAAGCUCCUGAAGCAGAUCACUCUGGGUGGAACUCUCGGUCCCAACAAGGCUCGUCAGGACCAGUCUCGCGCACACCAGGCCGUUCUCGACCCCUCUGGCCGUUUCUUCGCCAUCAGCGACCUCGGCACCGACAGCAUUGUUAUCAUUGACUCCAAGGAUGAUGCCUAUGAGAUCACGUCUCGCAACAGCGUCGGCACUGCUGGCUGCGGUCCUCGUCACGGCGCCUGGUACCCUCCCAAGGGUGACAAGGCCACGGCUUACAUCGUCGCCUGCGAGCUGACCAACACGCUCGAAGUCUUCUCCGUCUCGAACAACGGUUCCUCCAUCUCCCUCACUCGAACCCAGGAGAUCAGCACGUACGGUGCGGCCUUCCCUCCUGCCAAUGCCACUACCGCCGCGGCUGGCGAGAUCAUCGUCUCGGGUGACGGCAAGGACGUCUACGUCUCCAACCGCCUUACAGGCAACCAGACAGACUCGAUCUCCCACUUCAAGAUCACGCAGAAGGCAGCCCAGGGCGGCUCUCCGUGCAAGGCCACCAGUGGCGGCAUCGCGCUCGAGUUCGUCGAGGCCAUCUCCUCCGGCGGCCAAAUCCCCCGCAUGUUCAGCCUGUCCAAGGAUGACAAGACGCUCUUCUCGACGAAUCAGCAGGGCGAGGGCGCCUUCGGCGUGUUGGCGCUCAACCGUGCCCUCGACGCUGGCAAGCUCACUGCUACCGCCGUCGCGUCGCUUCCUGUCACGCUCUUCGGCCCCGUGGGAUUCGGUCCCCAGUUCGUUCAGCAGAUAGUCUAG